AUGUAUUCCCACAACAGCAGCCAGUCAACCAUUCAUGCCGGCGAGACUUUGCAAAAUGCCGUGUCUCACGCACUCGCUUCUCAAUGGCGGCUCUUAUCCAUAAUCUCAAUUCUGGUAUUUGCAUUGUAUAUUUUGAGGUUCUGGAUACAAGAGAAUGGGGCGAAUGAGAUCAUUGCCUUGGAGCAUUCACAUCUAGAGCCCAUUCCAGGACCGAAGCCUCUUCCUAUUCUGGGAAACGCCCUCAUUCUAGACAUCAAUGACCUCGUGGGAUCCAUCUUGAAAAUUGCUUACCAUUACCGCCCUAUAUUCUCACUCACCCUAUUGGGAAAACGGGAGGUCUUCGUCAGCAGCCCGGAGCUUUGCCGCGAGCUCUGUGACGAGCGAAGAUUCCAUAAACUCGUUACCAAAGGCUUAGAGCGGCUACGACCAGUGACUGGCGAUGGACUCUUCACAGCAUCCGACGGAAAUCACGCUUGGGGAGUUGCACAUCGUCUUCUCAUGCCUCAUUUUGGAACUUUCCAGAUCAGAGAUAUGUUCGAUGACAUGAUUGAUAUUGCGCAGCAGCUUUGUAUGAAAUGGGCUCGGAUGGAGCCGUGGUCCACGCUCGACUUACAAUCCGAUUUCACGCGACUCACCCUGGAUACUGUUGCAUUGACAUGCCUAGAUUAUCGAUUCAACAGCUUUUAUCGCCAUGAUAGUCUGCACCCUUUCGUGCAAAACGUGGAUUUGGUACUCGCCGAAGCGGCGACGAGGGCCACACUACCAGACUGGGUAAUAUCCCUUCGCUAUAGCAAGCAACGAGAGUUUGAAAGGUCGACAAAAUAUUUGUUCGAAACGUGUCAAGGAAUGAUUGACGCUCGUCGGGCUCAAGGAGAGGGGAACUGUAGGAAAGAUGUCCUGAGCGCACUGGUUUUCGGCAGAGACCCCAAAACCGGAGAUCAACUGAGUGAUGAGAAUAUCAUACACAACAUACUCACUUUUCUAAGCGCCGGCCACGAGACGACAUCAGCCACGUUGACUCUUGUCUGCUACUAUUUGUGUGAACAUCCCGAAGCACUCGCUAAAGCUCGUGCAGAGGUUGAUGCUGUCCUUGAUACGCAAUCCCUCACUGUUCAACACAUGCAGAAGCUCCCAUAUCUCGAGGCUGUCCUCCGGGAAACAAUGCGUCUAGCACCCACAGCACCAGCAUUCUUUGUCACAGCUUACAAGGAUGAAACCCUCGGUGGCGGCAAGUACCUUGUCCAUAAGGGUGAGAGCUUGUGCAUCGCCCUGGAGGUGUUGCAGCGAGAUGAGAGAUUCUACGGGUCCGAUGCAACUGAGUUUCGUCCGGAGAGAAUGCUGAAUGAAGAGUUUGAGAAGCUGGACGAGUAUGCAUUCAAACCAUUUGGAAACGGGCUGAGAGGCUGCAUUGGAAAAACAUUUGUAUGGCAAGAGUCAUUGAUUAUACUUGCCAUGCUCAUUCAGAAUUUCGAUAUCCGAAAGACCGAUCCAUCAUACAAAUUAAAGCUACGUUCAGAUCUCUCAGUCAAGCCUGAUGGUUUCUCCAUGCAGGCAAAGCGUCGAGAAGGACUGACCGCCACAGACAUCAGCCGAAGGCUGAGUGGUGCAUGGCAGGCCAGCGCACUUGAUGCCAAUAAAUCUCCGCAAUGGGGUUCAAUUAACUGGCAAAAUGAGGCCUUGACAGGACAGCUAGUCACAAUUUUGCAUGGCUCAAAUACAGGGACAUGUGAGGCACUCGCUUUACAGUUGGCUGCUGCUGCCACUGCCCAGGGCUUCGCGCCCCAUGUUGUAGACAACAUGAACUCGGCUCCCCAUCGGAUUGCUGCUUUGGCAGAAGGGCCAAUAAUCAUGAUUGUCGCGUCUUACAAUGGCCUACCAGCAGACAACACUGUUGAGAUGAUUCAUUUUCUUGAAGAACAGAUAUCAUGCGGCUCUCAAAGCAAGCUCAAGGGUGUCAACUUCGCGGUAUUUGGAUGUGGCCACCGAGAUUGGAAAGAAACUUAUCAAAAAGUUCCAUUGCAAGUCGAGGACCUUAUGCUGAAAGCAGGCGCCUCGAGAAUCACACAGAUGGGAGUCACAGACGCCGCGUCUAGCGAUCUGUUCUCGGAUCUUGAGAGUUGGAGCGGCAAUUGCCUGUUCCCAGCUCUCUGUACAAGCUACAAUGUCAGGCCAGACAAUGUCAACCGACUUUCCAUCGACGGUAAAAGCAAUAUGGUAGCGCCACCAGACGCAAUCGCGGUCACCACGGGUUUGCCAGCCCACGUCAUGCAACGAACUGGUUUCGUCCCAGCAAUCGUUACAGAACGACAGCAGAUGUCCUCUUCUCAAUUGCCUUCAGAUGUGCCAUCAAAACAUCAUAUCGAGCUACGCCUUGCAAAAGGGGAUAAGCUGAUUUAUGCGCCUGGCGACCAUGUCUUGGUGCUACCUCGAAACGACCCUGCGUUGGUGGCCCGAGUUCUUGGCCGCUUUGAGCUCGCCUGGGAUACGAUUGUGACCAUCAACUUCGCCAGAAGGUUAGGUCUAAAAGGGAAGACCGAGAUGACUGCCUCAGAACUUUUCGCGGUGCUCCAAGAGCACACGUUUGGUCAAUCACCAGUCAUCAUGAUCUGUGUGGGCUCAGGGCUCGCUAUAUUCAGAGGUCUUAUUCAAGAAAGAACUCUCGCUGUGAAAAGAGGAGCAUCGUCCAACUUGACCUCGAGCAGUGUUCCAAUAUGGCAUCUCUUCUACGGCUGUCGAGGGCAAGAUUUGGACGAGAUGUAUUCUUCCGACCUGCUGGAAGCAGAGGCCUUGGGAUUCAUGACCGUGAAUCGAUCCUACAGCCGCCAUUCUAAGGAAGAUACAAAGUACCCAAGAUACAUCACUGAGUCCUUGAAAUCCCGGCUCAGCGAGAUUGUCAAUUUGUGGAACGCGAAUGCAGUGGUAUAUGUCUGUGCAGGCAAAGCAGUGGCAGAUUCGGUGUUCGCUAUCCUGGGGCCUGAGCUUCUACAUGCAGAUAAGGAGAAUGGUAACAUUGAGCUUGAGGAUGAGAGCCUGGGCAGUUGGAGACAGAAGCUUGGCUUAAAAGGAGAUUCCCGGUGGAGGGGAAGAUAUGUCGAAGAGAUUUUCAAUUAG